AUGGUUCAAUGGUUUACCUUCCUCCAUUCUGCCCAGGGCCCCAAAAACAGGAGUGGCAUAUAUCUCGUCUGCCAAUCAAAUGUCGGCGUCAAGAACAUCGCAGAGAAGCUGGAGUCGAUCGGAUUUACUGAUUGGCGCCUCAUAGUUUCGAAUGAGUUCAAAUUUGAAUGGCAUGAGCACUUAUAUGAGAAGAUUAAAGAAUACGUCAUCGAAUCGACUGAUCUGCCCAGAAGUAUGGUAGCAACGAAGAAGCUUCUGGGCGAAGCGCGAGUCAUUCUAUGUACUUUGAGCAUGUUCACUUCAGAGAAAAUGGACAGAUGUGGAAUUACCCGGGCUCUCGCUGUACCCGAGGUUCUCAUUGUUGAUGAGGCUUCUCAGGUACUGGUGAAUGAGUACAUGACGUGCUUCACUAACUUUUGCGCGACGCUGAGACGAGUUUGUUUUGUCGGGGAUGAUAAACAACGCAAGUGGGCCAAACUACUAAGGCUACCUAUUGGUGACUUCUUGUCUCGCGAAGUUUAUAACAAUGAGCUACAUUCCUGCCACGGGAUCACGUCGGUCAACUCUGUCCGCUUUAUAGACGUUUCCGAUGGCGCAGAGGCAAUAUCGAGCGAUAGCACACAAAAUGUCAAAGAAAUUGACGCCGUUGUGUAUUGCGUUCGCCAGCUGUCUGCUGAGAAUAAGGACCUACGUGUCAUUACGCCUUAUGAUGCCCAACGGAAUGAGAUUGAAAAAAGACUCAGGGAAGAGAAUCUUAAAUGGGAAGAGACGGUUUUCAACGUGGAUUCCUUUCAAGGCAAUGAAUGCGAUUUCAUUAUCAUCUCCAUCGUUAGAACUAUUCUUCCCGGCUUUCUGGAAGAUCAGAGGCGUAUGAACGUCAUGUUAUCCCGGGCUCGGAAGGGCAUGAUCAUCACCGCCAAUAAAUCAUUUCUGCUGAGGCAUCCUGACCUAUUGGUUACGAAGCUCGCAGCAAGCUUGGAGACUGAGUGGAUCCCGGCUCGUGAUUUGCAGACAGGAAUCAAGAUGUUCAAUGAUGAGGUACGACCAUGA